AAAAGUACUAGUGGUCGGCGUCCAGGCGAGCCGCAUUUCCGUCGCGUUUACGUCCGACUCUUGUCCGGCUCUGUGACGAACGGUUCCCUUUUCUUCCUCCUCGACUUCAUCCUGAUUCUUCAUAACCACAACCAUAAUGGCUACGGAUCAGCGAAAACCACUCCCUUUCGUUGCGAAUUUCGCCGCCGGCGCAAUUGCUGGUGUCUCAGAGAUUUUGACAUUUUACCCUCUAGCAAGGCGCCUGCUCACUCGUAACUUAGAUGUCGUCAAAACUCGUAUGCAACUUGAGACCGGAAAGGCCAAGCAUGGAAUGGUUGGCACUCUAUCGUCUAUAGUACGGGAAGAAGGUUUCGGCCGACUUUACCGAGGCUUGGUCCCUCCUCUUCUUCUCGAGGCGCCAAAGCGCGCGGUUAAGUUCGCUGCUAACGACUUCUGGGGGAAGACUUAUAUGGGCUUUUCCGGAGAGUCUAAGAUGACACAGCAACUUUCUGUUUUGACAGGGCUCAGUGCUGGUGCAACGGAGAGCUUCGUUGUCGUUCCAUUUGAGCUUGUCAAGAUUAAGCUGCAAGAUAAAACUAGUACAUUUGCUGGUCCCAUUGAUGUCGUCAAGCAGGUCAUCAAGAAGGAAGGCCCUCUUGGUCUCUAUGCUGGCAUGGAGGCAACUUUCUGGAGGCACGUCUGGUGGAAUGGUGGAUACUUUGGAUGUAUUCAUCAAGUCCGUAGCAUGUUGACACCAGCUGAGACGCAGCAAGGGCAGCUGUUCAAUAAUUUCGUUUCUGGCAGUGUAGGUGGCUUCGUUGGAACCCUCAUAAAUACCCCCUUCGAUGUCGUGAAGUCUCGCAUCCAAGGUGCUGCUAAGGUCCCAGGAGUUGUCCCAAAGUAUAAUUGGACAUAUCCUGCACUAAUGACUAUCAUGCGCGAGGAGGGUCCUGCAGCUCUUUACAAGGGCUUCUUGCCAAAGGUCCUCCGUUUAGCACCUGGAGGUGGCGUUUUACUCCUAGUGGUAGAGUUUACACUUGGAGCAUUCCGGAAGGCCCUCGGUCCACCUUACAUAUAAAACUUGGAGUUAGCGCUUAAACGCGAGAAGGCUGAAACAGCACCGUAGCUAAUAAAUUACACCACACUGGAUCACUUUCGUAAACAUCUUCACAAGAAGCCGUAGUAGCACCAAUCGGAACCAAUCUUAUGCGGAAACGGACCAGCCAUGAUUCUGAUUCUGAGGUAGUUACCAUCGGGCCACAGCCCAUAUGGCAUAGCGAUUGUAGUCGCCAUGAUCCAAUGUCUCAACCGCACAAUGUUCAC